AUGUGUCCGAAUGGGAUUAUUUGCCUGUUGGACGGGUCGUAUCCUGGCAGUAAGCAUGACGCCGGCAACUUCGGCAUCAGCAAUGUCUACUCGAAGCUGGAAAGUCUUGUUCAAGGACAUAACUACUGUAUUCACGGCGACCCGGCCUACCCAUUGCGGCCGCUUCUACUCAAACCUUAUGGAGGUGUGUCCCUAACUCCGGAACAGUGCGCAUUCAACAAGGCUAUGAGCAGUGUGAGACAGGCCGUUGAGUGGGGAUCCGGCAAAAUUGCGGGACUGUUUGCCUUUGUAGACUUCAAGAAAAAUCAAAAGCUGUACCUACAGAACGUGCCGCGUAUCUAUAAAGCCAGUGCGCUUCUUGCCAACUGUCAUACCUGCUUGUAUGGUGCUCAGGUAUCCCACUACUUUGGCCUCGAGCCACCAGAUCUUGAAGCUUAUCUUACCCCUCUGUAG